GAUGUGUCAAGAGGGCUAUGGACACUUUGUUUUGACUCCUCCCAUUGUCUCGUCACACUGUCCAAUAUGGCGGCGUCCAUGGCGAGGACCUGCUCCCGGUUGUUUCGCUUUCAAUCAUGUGUUCGUCGGAAGCUAUCGCCUCGUUAUUUGGCAUUCAACGAGAACUUCCACAGUUCCCCUGCCUUGCACAGUGGACUGCUGCUAUCGUUGAACAAACGGGGAGUUUUGAAGGAGUCUUUCCCCGAGGACGCUGCGCACGAUCAGCUCGCCCGUGUGCUGGAGUCCGGCGGUCAGACGGUUUACUGCGGCUUUGACCCCACGGCCGACAGCCUUCACGUGGGAAACCUGCUGGCGAUCAUUGGCCUCCUGCAUUUCCGAAGUGCGGGACACCAUGUCCUCGCUGUUAUCGGCGGGGCUACUGCUCAGAUCGGAGAUCCGAGUGGGAAGACGAGCGAGAGAGAGCGCAUCUCCGCUGACACCCUUGAAGGGAACACACACAGCAUCAGGGAGAGCAUCCAGAGAAUUUUCACCAAUCACGAGUUGAACUUUCAUGACGGCAGCGCCAAGAAAAAGAUGGGCACCGUGACUGUACUCAAUAAUAUGUCCUGGUACAAGGACUGGAACGUAGUGGGCUUUUUGUCGGAGGCUGGAAGACAUUUCCGAAUGGGGACGAUGCUCAGUCGCCACAGUGUGCAAUCAAGACUCAAAAGCGAGGAUGGCAUGAGCCUGACCGAGUUCACAUACCAGGUGUUCCAAGCCUAUGACUUCUAUCACUUGAACCAAAUAUAUGGCUGCAAGAUCCAGCUCGGAGGCAGCGACCAGCUAGGCAAUCUCAUGUCUGGCCACGAGUACAUUCGCAAAGUGUGUGGUGAGGAGGUGUUUGGGCUGACCCUCCCCCUGGUGACCAGCUCAGUGGGGGACAAGCUGGGGAAGACGGCCGGGAACGCCGUGUGGCUGAACAGAGAGCGGACCACACCGUUUGAGCUGUACCAAUACUUCCUCCGUCAGCCUGACAACAUUGUCGAACGGUACCUGAAGCUGUUCACCUUCCUGCCCCUGGGGGAGGUGCAGGGGCUGAUGGAACAGCAGCGGCUGGACCCGGGGAAGAGGCUGGCCCACAAGCGGCUGGCGGCGGAGGUCACCAAGCUGGUGCACGGCAAGGAGGGCCUGGAGAGCGCCAAGAGGUGCACCAACGCGCUGUACAACAGCAGUGUGCAGGCCCUGGAGCAGAUGAGCGAAGAGGAGCUCCAGGAGCUCUUCCACCAGGCCCCCUUCCACGAGCUGCUGCUGGAGCCCGGCUCCACGGUGGUGGACGUCUGCCGCCGGGUCCAGGCCGUCCCCGACGGACCCAAAGGGUACCGUAUGGUCACGGAGGGAGCCGUAUGGAUCAACCACACCCGCUCGGACAAGCCGGAGCAGGUCUUGAUACCCAAGGUCCACGUCCUGUCAAAUGGACUGAGCCUUCUCCGGGUGGGCAAGAAGAACUUCUACAUCAUCAAGUGGCUCGGACUAUGAGCUGGAAAGCCUCUUAGGACAACCAGGGGGGGACAGAACAAGCUCACACUCCACAAGAUUUUCACUCUGUUGGACUUGGCGUGGAGGUAGGGAUGAUUAGUCCUGGCUGGGCCAACAGUUGAACAAUGAUAAAUGGAUGGAUGGGUGGAAUGACAGACAAAGAUGUUGAGUCAAAUUGUUGGCCCAUGCACAUGUAUUACACGUGUUAACGUAUAUAUAUGUGUGUGUGUGUAUAUAUAUAUAUAUGUGUGUGUGUGUGUGUGUGUGUGUGUGUGUGUGUGUGUGUUUUAAGUGUGGCCCAGAUUCAUGAUUAAAAAAUAUCUAUUAUGAUGUUACGGUUGUAUGAAAUAAGAGGUUUUUACAUAAGUUGGAAUAUUAGUAGCAGUUCUCAAACAUUACCACUAGUGGGCAGUCUUGUUCCAAAAAUUGGAAGCAGGCAAAAAUUGCUUGGGUUGGCUUCUAGGGAGAGAAGUACUAUUUCCCCAAAAAAGGAUAGCCUAAUAAUUGUUUAAAAGGUAAUAUUUCUGUAAUAUAUUUAUUGAUGAUAGACUCUAUCCCUUGUAUCAUGAAUCCGGAAAUAUAAUCUAAUUUGACCACUUGGUUGUAUUUUUCCAAGGACUGAAGUUGUAUCCCUAGAUUAGAACUGGUAUAAUUAAAUUAAACUUUUUACAAUAAUUAAUCUA